AUGCAGGACACCUGGGUCCUGGUCACACUCACCUUGAUCUUUGGCCUGCUUCCCAGUCUCCAAGGAGUAAGCAUCAAUGAGACUGUAAACACAUGUGACAUCUUAAACUGCCCCCAAGGAUUCAGAUGCUGUGACAAUAAAUGUUGCCUGGAAAGAAAGCUCUGGAAUCCUCAAGAUGAUCCCUUCAGGAUCAGGUUCAUCAGUUUGUCGAUCACUUUACUCCUUUCGUACUUCUGUGGCCUGGUGUGGUUCUUUUGUUCUGGGAACGGAGAACUCCAGCAUGAGGACAGCACAGUGGAUCAUCAGACACCUCCAGAACUGCCCUCUAUUGCUCCUCUAGAGAGCAUUUGGGUCACAUCCUUGGAUUCCCCACCACCCUACAGUCAGGUGGUGCUGAUGCCAACUCCCACUGAACCACCUCCUCCCUACAGCCUCAGGCCUAAGGGCCCUGCUGUCCAGAUGAGAGGGACUGGCUAUGCAACUCUCUGA